AUGCAAAAAGGUAGAAAGUUCAGUGAUAAUCCAGAAACGAAUAUACCAUAUAAUAACAGUUCAACUUCUCAACAAGCUAUACAAAGUUCAAGCAAUUCAACAGCUCCACCUCCUGCUGUUUUGUCAAUUCAUCCAAUUGCCCCUCCACAAGUUUUACCAAACCAUCAUCCAGCAAGUGCAAUUCCAAAUCAUAAUCCUCCAAAUAUGAGUGUUCAUCAAAACUAUUAUCCCCAAGCCCAUCCUCAAUUCAACCAAUUGAACCCUUCUAGGGUACCUAUGAAUGAUGCUAUAGCCUUUAGCUCUAUGAUAGAUUCCAAUAUUGGUGGUAAACUAAAUGAUUUAUUUUCAGAUGCAUCAAGUUACAACUAUCAACCACCAGUUCCUACAAUAUCCUCAGCUGCUGGUCAGACAUACUAUCCAUAUGGACCUACUCCAAUACCUCAUGACAUUCAAUCAAGCUUCAGAGGUUUCCAAAAUGAUCAAAUUUAUGGUAAUCAAGCUAAUAAUAACCAAAGAGCCAUUCAACAACAAUUCCCUCAAAUAGCUUCCCAUAAUUUCCCAAGACAGGAUUUUCCACAACCUGCUUAUUUCCCAUCUGACCCAGAAUCAUCACCAGAAAUACCCAAAAUGAAUCCAUAUGAAUUUGAUGAAAGGAAAAAUUCAUUCCGUUCACCUCCAGUGAAUAUGCACUACAAACCAACAUUGGGAUUUUAUCAAUCACCUAAUCCCAAACCAGAGCUGGAAAGCUAUGGUGCAUCUCCAAGUAUAAGUGAUCAAAGUUUCAGCUCAACACCUGGUAAUAUACCAUACUACAGUCAUAUUCAACCUCCAUAUCCAUUUCGUGAUCAUAAUACAAGUACAAGUACUGCUGCUUCUUCCAAACCUUCAUUUUCCAUGUCCAAAACUUCAACAAGUUCACACUUGAAAGAAAAUCGAAAUGAUUCUGUGGAUUCAUUCAAUUCUAUAUCAUCUACAAAAAGCUAUAAAAUCAAAAAACCUAAGAAGCCUGUCAAUCUAAGAGGUGGUACUUGCAAAGUAUGUGGUAAGGUUAUCAAGAGAGAUAUGACUCGUCAUAUGAGAAUCCAUGAAGAGGUUAGUAGAUUUAGAUGUGUUUAUCCAAGGGGAAGUUGUAUUCACAAAACUGGAUUUUUCAAUCGUCAAUAUGAUUUCAAGAAGCAUUUAUUACAUUUCCAUUUUGAUUAUGAUGAUCCUUCAGUUAAAAAGCUUUAUAGUUUGAAUGAAAAAUUACCACAUUGGGGGACUUGUUAUUGUGGAUUGAGAUUCACUGGUGGUGAAUGGUUACAAAGUCAUAUAUUAACCACUGAAAAGAAUCAUUUGUGCCCACACUUAGCAAGAUUGAAAGAGAAAGAAAAGGAAGAUUAUAAAAAUAAUCCUAAUCAAAAAUUAGAUAAACAUGAUGAUGAAGAUUCUUCUGGGAAUGAGAGCUACAAGUCUGGAGCUGAUCAUGAUUACUCUGAUUCUAGCCCUACAAGAUGA